CGGGUGUUUCCGGAGCUGUUCGGAGUCUCUCGGAGUGUCUCGGGUGUUUUCGAAGCUGUUCGGAGCGGACCGCACUGUUUCGUGUUUCGGACCGGAGCCCGGACCCCGGACCCUCUUUCCGCGCUCGUACACGCGCCUGGCCGCUCGUUCACGAUGGACCUGGAGCAGAUCCUCAGGGAGGUUCCUGAGUCUCUCAAAGCUUUGACUGAAAAUCACCAAAACCUCCAGAACGUGGCUCAAUACUGUUCAGACAACUACACACAGUCGCUGGGCGGUCCUGAGGCUCUGUCGGUUACGCGUCAGCUCUUGGCGCAGGCGUUGGCGUCGGUGGCGUUUCAGAUCAACUCUGUGUCUGAGUCUCUGCUGCGUCUCCUCGACCUGCAGCACAGUGACCUGAGGCGCCUCGAGUCGUCUGUGAGCCUGCUGAGUCAGUCGGUGGAGAUGCAUAAGGAGAAAGUUUCUCGCCGUGAGGUCGGCGCGUUCACGUCUCAGAGGCGUGUCCCUCGCGCUCUCAAGCUCCUCCCUCCCGCGGACCCCAAGCCCCGCCCCCCGUACACCCGCCAGCCAAUCAGCUUCCAGCUGCUGGACACCGUGGGACACGGAGUCAAGGUGGGGGGGAAAGCUCCUGAGCGCGGCGCCUCCGUGUGGAAGCAGAGCGCCUCCUUCAGAUCGAAAAGUCAAGAACCUCAACAGAACCUCACAACGCCACCUGUGGGCAGAUCUGUGACUGAGUCUCAUGGUUGUGUCGCCCUCUUCCCACCUCGGAAGCUUGCCCCCUGUGAUGUCAUGAACGAAGCUCCGCCCCAGGAGGAAACCGUGGCCCCGCCCCCUCCUCCUCCGGCCCAGAUCUUGUGGAUCAGAUUGACUCAUUGCUUUUUGGCUGUUCCCGCCCCCUCCACCUCCAGUCCGGUUGCAGGCCCCGCCCCCUUGGCCCCGCCCCCUCAUGUUUUGGAGGAGUCCAGUUUCCCGCCUCCUCCUGAUGACUUCACAGAGGCACACCUCACGAAGGAAGCCCCACCCCCUCCAAUCACAGAGGACCCCCUCUCCUUUGUUUCAAGGAGGAGCCGACAUCGAGCCCCGCCCACUGUGCGCUCUCAUUCGCUGAGAGUUCGCUCUGGCCCCGCCUCCCGCUGCUUCACGCGCUCGCUCUUCCUGCCUCCCAGCCAAUCACUCAUGAUCCCGCCUCCUCCCCCUCCCCCGCCCACAGCUCCGCCCGCUUGGCCCCUCCCCCUCUCACCUGUGGCUUUACCUGCGCGUCUGCAGCACCUGGAUUUGGAAAUUCCUCCACCUCCUCCACUGAUCCACGACCAGGACUAAACCAGGACUAAACCAGAACUAAACCAGAACUAAACCAGAACUAAACCAGGACUAAAUCAGGACUAAACCAGGACUAAACCAGAACUAAACCUGGACUAAACCAGAACUAAACCAGAACUAAACCAGGACUAAACCAGAACUAAACCAGGACUAAAUCAGGACUAAACCAGGACUAAACCAGAACUAAACCAGAACUAAACCAGAACUAAACC